AUGAUUAAAGUGGAGAAUGGCAACUCGGAAAAAGAAACCAUCAAGUCAGAACCGGAAGAUUACUCACCUGCCCUUAGAUUUUUCAAUAAUGGAGUUCCUGGCCUUGGACUUCUUACUAGCCCAUUCACUAACCCCGGAGAAAGUACAGGGAGAAGAUUCAUAAUUGAAGAAUACCGGAGAGAAUUAGAAUACCGAGAAUCAGUCUUAGAAGCGUUAGAGUCAGAUGAUGAAUCCACCCAAAGCAGAGGUGUAGUAACACCGAGUGAAACGGGCCAUGAUGAUGAUGAGACUGUAACAACCCAAGAGGGAGAAGAUGGAUGCCAUGAAUUAGGUGAAGAAAGAGAAGUAUUUAUGAUAAAGGUGGGACAUGAAGACGAACAAGAGAUAGGAAUCGAAGCAGAAAACAUCUUACCAGAACCAGUUGAAAGAACCUGA